ACUGGUGCCUUUAGUGCGGUCACUUCUCUCUUACUGGUCCAAACUGGUUCGUACUGGGCCCCUCACUGUGCCCACAAAGAAUGGGAGAGCUGCACUUCCGCCUCGUUACCCAUAAACCCUUGCGAAACACCUGCUUUUGCCUCGUUACCCACAACCCUCUGCAAAGCCUUCCCGUUUGCCUCGCUACCCACAAUGCUUUGCUUCGUUUCCGUCUCGGUGCCCACAACACCCCGCGCGGAGCGGAAGUGACGCAAGCGGAGGCGGAAAUGGAGCCUCCCACAGCGGAGGAGUUGCGGCUGCGGCUCCAGGAGCGGCUCCAGGCCGAGCACGUGGCUCGUUAACGAGGCGCUGAAGGAGGAGCUGGGCCGGAUCCACGCCCUGGAGCAGCGGACGCUGACCCCGGAGCAGUGGGAGGCGGAGCGCGGCUCAUUAGCAUAAAUCUGCAUACCCAUUUCCCCCAUCUCGGCUUCAUUUACAUGGAUUUGCAUAAAUUCCCACAGCCCGGCUCUGAUUGGUCGAAGCCACGCCCCCUUUAGGGCCUGAAAUGGAGGCGGAAGAGGGCGGAGGUGGCGCUCAUUUGCAUAAGUUUGCAUAAAAAGGCAAUAAACAUUCCUCAUUUGCA